AUGAACCAAGAGAUACGGGAUGUAGUUCGACAAUGCAGUGUUUGCAACGAACAUCAGGCACAGCAGGCGAAACAACCACUACUUCCUCGGGAAGUUCCAGACCGACCUUGGAAGACACUUGGCACAGACCUCUUCACACUGAAUGGGAAAGAUUAUCUCAUUACAGUAGAUUACUACUCAGACUUUUGGGAAGUAGAUGAGCUCCAGUCGACCACAAGUGCAGAUGUGAUUACAUGCCUGAAAUCACAGUUCAGCAGACAUGGCAUUCCCAAGGGAGUCAUCAGUGACAAUGGUCCACAGUACUCCAGUGAUGAGUUCAAAUGCUUCAUGGAGGAGUGGGAGAUACAUCAUACCACAUCUUCGCCUCAUCACCCCCAAUCCAACGGGAAGGCAGAAUCUGCUGUAAAGAUUGCCAAGAACAUCAUGAAGAAGUGCGCAAAGUCAGGCACAGAUAUAUACAAAGCAAUCUUAGAGUGGAGAAACACCCCCACCGAAGGAAUGCAGAGUAGUCCUGUCCAGAGAUUGAUGUCACGUCGGACACAGACAACACUGCCAACAGCACAACACCUGCUGAAGCCGAAAGUAGUGACAGGAGUUAAGCGAAAAAAGGUAGAGAAAGGCAAGAAAGCAAAGACACAGUUUGACAAAUUAACAAAAGAGCUACCAGACUUGAAGGUUGGUCAAGCAGUCAGAGUUCAAUUCGCGAUCAACAAAGGAAGACCAACAUGGCAGCUAGGUGUUUGCAUGAGAAAGCUUUCACCAAGGUCUUAUGUGGUAAAAGUCAAUGAACAGCUCUACCGUCGAAAUCGCAAACGCAUUCAGUCAACCUAUGAAUCUUUGCCAGCGACUCCAGAUGUGUGGACCGACAUUCAACCUACCACGAACACAACAGGCCCACAGUGCAACAAUCCUGGAGAUGAAGAACAACGCGAGCAACAACAGCAAGCGACGCCAUCACCGGUAGUAGCCCACACCCGCACGCGAACCAUCAGGCCACCAAGUCGUUACAACGACUAUGUACAGCCGUAA